ACACACACAGGAGAGAAACCAUUCAAGUGCAGUGUGUGCGUGAAGGCAUUUUCACGGUCAUCUGCUCUUAAAGAACACCAGAGAACACACACAGGAGAGAAACCAUUCAAGUGCAGUGUGUGUGGGAUGGCGUUUGCAUGGCCAUCAGUUCUUCAGAUCCACCAGAGGACACACACGGGAGAGAAACCCUUCAAGUGCACUGUGUGUGGAAUGGCGUUUGCACAGUCACAUAAUCUUGUAAUACACGAGAGAAUACACACGGGAGAGAAACCCUUCAAGUGUACUCUGUGCGGGAAGCCGUUUGCAGAUUCAUCUGCUCUUAAAAAACACCAGAGAACACACACGGGAGAAAUAGCCUUCAAGUGCAGUGUGUGCGUGAAGGCAUUUUCACGGUCAUCUGCUCUUAAAGAACACCAGAGAACACACACAGGAGAGAAACCCUUCAAGUGCGCUGUGUGUGGGGUGGCGUUUGCAUGGCCAUCAGUUCUUCAGAUCCACCAGAGGACACACACAGGAGAGAAACCCUUCAAGUGCACUGUGUGUGGAACGGCGUUUGCACAGUCACAUAAUCUUGUAAUACACGAGAAAAUACACACGGGAGAGAAACCCUUCAAGUGUACUGUGUGUGGGAUGGCGUUUGCACAGUUAUAUAGUCUUAAAACACACCAGAGAACACACACGGGAGAGAAACCCUUCAAGUGCACUGUGUGUGACAAGGUAUUUGCACAGUCACAUAAUCUUGUAAAACACCAGAGAACACAUACGGGAGAGAAACCCUUCAAGUGCAGUAUCCAUCAGAGAACACACACGGGAGAGAAACCCUUCAAGUGCACUGUGUGUGGAACGGCGUUUGCACGGUCACAUAAUCUUGUCGUACACCAGAGAACACACACGGGAGAGAAACCCUUCAAGUGUACUCUGUGCGGGAAGCCGUUUGCAGAUUCAUCUGCUCUUAAAAAACACCAGAGAACACACACGGGAGAACUACCCUUCAAGUGCAGUGUGUGUGGGAAGGCAUUUUCACAGCCAUCUGCUCUUAAAACACACCAGAGAACACACACGGGAGAGAAACCCUUCAAGUGCGCUGUGUGUGACAAGGUAUUUGCACAGUCACAUAAUCUUGUAAAACACCAGAGAACACACACGGGAGAGAAACCCUUCAAGUGCAGUGUGUGCGUGAAACCGUUUGCAGAUUCAUAUGCUCUUAAAAUACACCAGAGAACACACACGGGAGAGAAACCGUUCAAGUGCACUCCGUGCGGGAAGGCGUUUGCACAUUCAUCUACUCUAGUAGCACACCAGAGAACACACACGGGAGAGAAACCGUUCAAGUGCACUCCGUGCGGGAAGGCGUUUGCACGGUCAGCACAUCUUCAAGUACACCAGAGAACAAGCAUCGCCGCGCCCUUUUGA